AUGCAAGAAGAUUGCUUUGCGUCAGUCUUGCUGAACGAAUUGCAUGCAGGCCGGAGUGUUCCUCUUCAAGAUAAUGAAGUGAAUAAUACAGAAGUGGGAGAAAAUAUAUAUCGACUACCAAAAGAAGUCGUACCGAUUCAUUACGAUAUAAGAUUAAUACCUCAUAUUGUGGAAGGUAACUUCACCUUCAAUGGUGAAGUGGACAUUGAUAUUGAGGUGGUCAAACCGACAAACAAGAUCGCAUUGCACACCGAACAAUUAAUGAUAGAUGAAUUGCUGACGAGAUUAACUCGCAAAGGAAAUGACGAUGUAAAUGCUGCACAGAAUUACAUUCCAAAAGAGCAUGAAUAUAACAAUGACACUCAAAUUUUGACUAUACGAUUCGAGGAACGAUUAGAUCCUGGAACUUACAAGUUAUAUCUGAAAUUCGAGGGUGUGAUUAUGUACAUACAUGGGUUCUACAGAAGCUUCUAUACUGAUAACGAAGGUCGCAAAGUGUGGUUGGCAGCAACGCAUUUCCAACCAAUCUCCGCGCGACAGGCAUUUCCGUGCUGGGAUGAGCCCGCCAUAAAAGCGACCUUCAAAUUUUCCAUAAAGCACUAUCCUAAUUACACGGCGUUAUCGAACAUGCCGUCCGCACUGUCGGAGGUCGAUCCGGUCGACGGAAAAUUGUGGACGUACUUCGAAACGACGCCCAUCAUGUCCACCAAUCUGCUGGGAUUCGUGAUCGCCGAUUACGAUUAUGUCUCCAAUCUGGACGGUACCAUGAAAAUAUGGGGCCCGAGACAUCUUCUUCGUCACGCCGCGUAUCCUCUCGAUAUCGCCGAGAAGGCAACGCGCGAGCUCGAGAAGUUCACCAACAGCACUGUUGGUGUGCCGAAAAUGGAUCAUGUUGCCGUUCCCCAUUAUUCGAGCCGUGCCACUGAAAAUUGGGGCAUGAUUGCCUAUGCGCAACAUGUACUUCUUGAAGACGAGACCUUACUCUCGAAAUCUAUGAACACCAUGACAAUCACUCACGAGUUGGCGCAUCAAUGGUUUGGAAAUUUAGUCAGCCCGGCUUGGUGGAAUUACCUUUGGUUGAGCGAGGGCACAUCGACUUAUCUAAAGUACUACAUAACAGACAAGUUUAUCAAAGAAUGGAGAUUGAUGGACUUAUUUGUAGUGCAAGAGGAACAAUUAAUGUUGCUUGGGGAUUCUUUUCAUUCUAAGCCGAUCAACAUAAACAUUACUAAUAAUUUCAAUAUCUAUUACGCUUACUCUGCCAACACAUAUGUAAAAUCUGCUAUUUUAUUGCGAAUGAUAUCACAUGUCUUGACGGAAGACGUGUUUCGAAAAGGUUUGAUAAAAUAUCUUCAAGCGCAUGAAUAUAGCAUUGCUACGCCAGAUGAUUUAUGGAAAGCAUUACAAGAUGCUCUCGAUGAGUCAAACGUACCGCACGAUGAUUUUAAGGUAAAAGAAGUAAUGGAUACUUGGUUCAAUCAGGCAGCAUAUCCUGUCGUGACAAUACAUCGAGAUUAUAAUACAAGUGAGAUUAAGGCGACACAACAUAUGAGAGUUAAAUUCUCACAAUCUGAUGACAUUGAAAGAACUGACAAUGAAAGAAAUGACGCGUGGUGGAUUCCGUUAAACUAUUUGACACAAAGUAACUUAAAUUCUUUAUCAACGCUGGCCACUCAUUGGUUAAAACCUCAGGACGAGAGUGUAACGAUCGAAGGAGUGGAUGUUGAUGACUGGAUUAUUGUAAAUAAGCAAUUAACAGGUUAUUAUCGCGUGAAUUAUGAUGUAAUCAAUUGGAAACGAAUUGCCGCUUUCCUUAAUUCCGACGAUUACGACAAAAUUCCAAUUCUGAAUCGUGCACAAAUCAUCGAUGAUGCUUAUGAUAUGCUGAUGACCGAACAGCUUGAUUCUGUUACUUUUCUCGAGAUUAUAAAGUAUUUGUCACGCGAAAGCGAUCCCGCCCCAUGGUAUCCAGUAUUCCGAAUCAUUAAUCAAUUGUUACUCGAUUACUUGUGGAUGCCCCAAGGAGCCGCGAUUUUUAAACCAUAUUUCUUCAACUUGACGCAUAAAUUAUGUGAAAGAAUGGGUUUCAAUGAUCAUCCUAAUGACGAUUUGAUGACUACAAAAAUUAGAUUAGACUUCAAUAAAAUUGCUUGUUUAUAUAACACACAUCCGAAAUGCCGAGAGGAAGCUACAGCUAAAUUACUUGCAUAUGUGGAAGAUCCAAUUACAAACAAAAUUUCAUCUGGUCAAGAAUUUAUCUGCUUUGGCUUGAUACAAGCAAAUGAAUCUAUCUGGAAUCAGUUUCUGCAGAGAGGAAACGAAACAUCAACGAGUCAUUACAAGUUCCUUGGUUGUUCAGAAAAUUUCGACAUCAUAGAAAAGCAUUUAAACUUUACAAAGGAAACAAAUAAAUAUUAUUAUCUCUUUAAAAAUAUGCUUGAGAAUUUGCCAAAUGUAAAUACGGCAAUUGAUUUCUUCAUAAAACAUUUCGACCAGAUUGUCGCAGACCAAUAUGAUCGACAUAGCCUGAACGACAUUAUUAUGAUGAGUAUUGAAGAAGAUCACAUUGAAAAGAUAAAAGCUUUUGCCGAACAACGUGGACUCGACAUAAGCGAUUAUUUAGACAAUAGGCUAAAAAAAUUAACCAAAAUGAACGAUGACUUGGCGAAAGUUCGCAGUGUUCUCGAAAAUAAUCAAUUCUUAUAAUGUUACAAUAAAUAAUGACAUAUCAGGAAUAAAUAAAAUUUAUGUUUAAUAAAUGAAUGUGCCAAUAUGAAAAUAUUAUAAACAAUAAUAAAGUGUGUUAGUGUAUAAUAA